AUGUGGAGUAGGAUAUGCGUCCUCGACAAAUUGGGCAAGGGCCCAUGGCACAAGUUUGCCAAUAACUUCAAGGACAACGUGGAUCGGUGGAAGCAGGUCUUUGAUUCGGACAAUCCCCUGGCAGAGCAUUGGCCGGGCAAGGAGCAGAUGUCAAGCUUGCAAAGAGCCUUGGUGCUCUUAGCUGUGCGCACGGACUGCACCAUCGCGGGACUUCAAGAGGUCAUUGCGGCCAAUCUGGGCAAGAGCUUCCUGGAGCCUCCAGGGUUCAAUUUGGAAAAGGCCUUUCAGACGGCGGCGUCGCCGACGAAGCCGCUGAUCUUUGUGCUGUCCUCCGGCGCGGACCCCAUGGUUGAAGUGAUACGCCUGGCACAGAAGUUGUCCAUGAACGAGCACUACAUCACGGUCUCCUUGGGUCAAGGCCAAGGUCCAAAGGCUUCACAAGCGAUCAAUGACGGAGCUGAGCAAGGGUUGUGGGUGAUCCUCCAAAAUUGUCAUUUGGCAUCGUCCUGGAUGCCCACGUUGGAAGUCAUGGUGGAAGGACUUAGUCUCUCUCCGGACAAGGCGUGCUGCGGCGCGGCUAAGACUGCGAUGCCUUCGCCCGACUUUCCCAUCUCUGUCCUGCAGAAUGGCAUGAAAAUGACCAUUGAGCCACCCAAAGGUUUGAAAUCCAACCUGCUCAGGGCCUUCAAUUCCAUUGACCCCGACUGGUUUGCGGAAGGCUGUACAAAGUCCACAGAGUGCAAGCAAACCUUCAGGAAGAUGCUGUUUGGCUUGUGCUUCUUCCAUGCCUUGAUCCAGGAGCGUUGUACCUACGGUCCAUUGGGCUGGAACAUUCCGUACCAGUUCUCCGAGCCCGAUCGACAAAUCUGCAUGAUGCAACUGAGGAUGUUCCUGGAAGAGAAUGAGACAGUUCCAUACUCCGCGCUGCGGUACACAGCUGCAGAGGCCAACUACGGUGGACGCGUCACUGAUGUGCACGACCGUAGGUGCAUCAACUUCCUUCUCUCCGACUUCUACUGCCCGGAGAUUUUGAAGGACGACUACAAGUUCUCGCCCUCCGGCGUCUACUACGCGCCUUCCUAUGGAACCACCCUGGAGCCUUACCUCGAGUACAUUCGCAACCUGCCGAUCAAUCAAAUGCCAGAGGCCUUCGGUCUCCAUGCGAAUGCCAAUCUCGUGGCCGCCAUCAGCGAGACCCUGCGGCUCCUGGGCACCGCCGCCUCGCUGCAACCGAAGACCGGAGGAGGUGGUGGGGGAGCCUCUCAAGAUGAGAUCAUCACAGAGGCGGCGUCCAAAUACUUGGAGGAUGUGAAGCCCCCCUUCGACACCGAGGCAGCCAACGUGAACUACCCAGUCGAUUACAAUGAGUCCAUGAAUACGGUGUUGAAUCAAGAGCUACUGCGCUUCAAUCGACUCAUCAUCAAAGUGCGAAGCACCCUGACGGACGUGAGAAAGGCGGUGAAGGGACUGGUGGUGAUGAGUCCCGAACUUGAAGAGGUGGCCGAUGGCAUUCUGACGGACAAGACGCCCUCGGCACGCCUUCGCGUGGCCCAAGUGGCGGUAGAUGGCGGUGGAGCGCCACCACCGCGGAGAACCACCGCUUUCCGAUCUCCGAUCUCCGGCUUUUACUUCACGCAGUCCUUCCUCACGGGACAGUUGCAGAAUUACGCCCGCAAGCAGAAGUUGCCCAUCGAUACGCUGAUUUGGAAUUUCACCGUUCUCAAGGCGUUGGUGGAGCAUAGCAAGCCUGCGACGGGCUGCCUGGCAUAUGGAAUCUUCAUGGAUGGAGCUCGUUGGGACGACACCGAGGGCGUGAUUGCAGAGAGCCUGCCAAAGGUCCUCUUCAGUGCCGUGCCGACCGUCCAUUUGACGCCAUGCGAGGCCACCAAGGACCCCACCGACAGAAAAGCCGUGUACCCGUCACCUCUCUACAAGACGUCCGGGCGCAAAGGCACACUCACCACCACUGGGCACAGUACGAACUUCGUGAUGACUCUGAUGCUCCCGAUCACAAAGAUGCAUACGGAGAAGUACUGGACGAAGCGUGGUGUGGCCUGUUUGUUGCAGCUGGACGACUGA